AGGCGCAUGCCCGGGACAGCAGGUGCGGGGGGCGCGCGGCCUCCCCUUUAAGAACCGCCACCGCCCACGGCCCGCCGCUGCGGCAGGGACCUCCCCUUUAACGCAGGGGCUGGUUGCUCCGCGGCCGCCGCGGCUGCUGCUGCUGCUGCUGCUACUGCGGCUCCUGCUGUCACAGUUCGACCGCGGCAGCUGCAUCCUCGGCCCUGGCGGGGUCCGCGCCCCGCGCCCGCCAUGGUGUCCUGGAUCAUCUCUCGCCUGGUGGUGCUUGUCUUUGGCACACUGUACCCCGCCUAUUCUUCCUACAAAGCCGUGAAGACUAAAAACGUGAAGGAAUAUGUGAAAUGGAUGAUGUACUGGAUCGUCUUUGCCUUCUUCACCACGGCCGAGACGCUCACGGACAUCGUGCUCUCCUGGUUCCCCUUCUACUUUGAGCUCAAGAUCGCCUUUGUGAUAUGGCUGCUGUCCCCUUAUACCAAGGGCUCCAGCGUGCUCUACCGCAAGUUCGUGCACCCGACACUGUCCAACAAGGAGAAGGAGAUCGACGAGUACAUCACUCAGGCCCGAGACAAGAGCUAUGAGACCAUGAUGAGGGUGGGCAAGAGGGGCCUGAACCUGGCCGCCAAUGCUGCGGUCACAGCUGCUGCCAAGGGGGUGCUGUCAGAGAAGCUCCGAAGCUUCAGCAUGCAGGACCUGACCCUGAUCCGGGACGAGGACUCCCUGCCCCUGCACGGGCCUGAAGGCCACCUCCGGCCCGGCCCCGGCAGCCUCCUGGACACCAUUGAGGACCUAGGAGACGACCCUGCCCUGAGUUUAAGGUCUAGCACGAACCAGGCAGAUUCCCGGACAGAAACCUCUGAGGAUGAUGGGGGAGACAAGGCCCCUAAGAGGCUCAAACCCAUCAAAAAAGUGCCCAAAACCGAGCCACUGGCUUCCAAGACGGUGAAGACCCGGCCCAAGAAGAAGACCUCUGGCGGGGGUGACUCGGCUUGAGGUUUCGACCCCUCAGGCCACAGAGCCCUGCUCCACACUGUGCCCGCCCGUGUGUCUCAGGCCCAGGGCCGUCAGACGGCUGUUUCUGGUGCCUGCCCAGAGGCCACUUGUUUGGACGGGCUUGGAAAAGAGGAGGGAGGUCCUGUUGGGGGGGGUGGGGUUUGAAGGUAGAGGCUGGGCCUGGAGCUGAGGGCUGAGCCACCCAAGGAGUUGGGGGCUCCUCAGAACCUGAACUGCCAUUGUCCCCACUCCAGCUCUGUGUGCCCACCCAGUGCCUUGCUGAAAGCCAUGGCCAUCAGCUUCUCUGCGGUCCUACUGUGCACCUGCUGCUCUCCCUGGGUCGGGGACAGUCAUAGCCCCCAUGGACCAGAGCCGGGCCUGCAGGCACCUGGGGAGGGCGGGAGUGGGGAAGCCUCGGGGAACCUGGGCAGGGGCUCCAGGCCACGGCCCUGAAGGGAGGACAGGGCCUUAGUGUGUGUUUAAGCGACGGGACGGCCAGGCUGGAGCUGGAGCUGGGGCAUUGGAUGAACUGUGUGCUACGUGUCCCCACUGAACAGAGGUGGGGUUCCAGGGGUGUGCGUAUGAGCGUGUGUGUGUUUCUGGGUCUAGGGCUGUGGGUAUUUGGGGUAAAGGACUUUCCCUCCAGCAGUGACCUCCUCCCGCCCUCAGCCCUCCUUCCUAGUCUCUGAGCCUCAGAGGACUACAGCCCAUGAGGUAAUGGGGCUGCGAGGAGCCGCUCACCUCCUUCUCUGCCCUCAGUUCUUUUUUGCCUCUUCCCUUUCCUGCCCCUGGACUGGGCUCCUCUACGCCUCAGGGCCCACAGUAGAGGCCCCUGGGGAGCCAGCUCCUUUGCUCCACACCCAGAGGCCCAUCCUCCUUUCUCCCAGGGUCCUCUUCCUGUGCCCAGCAGACUAGGCCCCAUGUGAGCAGACCCUGUCAGAGCCCAGCCUGUGCUCCACACCCUGCCCCAGCUUCUGCCGCCAUUUCAGUCAGAGCCAGGAGGAAUAUGGGAAGAAGAAAAAGAAAUUCAGGAGCCAAGGGUCUCCCAGUUUGGUGGAGAGUGGAUGCUCAUUGGACCUCUGGCACUGGAUGAGCCAAUAAACCAAACUCUGGCACUUGA